GAGCGGGCGAUGAUCCCCGCCAACGCCUCCGCCAGGAAGGGGCCCGAGGGCAAGUACCCGCUGCACUACCUCGUGUGGCACAACCGCCACCGCGAGCUGGAGAGAGAGGUCUGCGCCGGCCAGGUGGACAUCGAGCAGCUGGAUCCCCGUGGGCGGACUCCCCUGCACCUAGCCACCACACUGGGGCACCUCGAGUGUGCCCGUGUGCUCCUGGCACAUGGUGCAGACGUGGGCAGGGAGAAUCGCAGUGGCUGGACAGUGCUUCAGGAGGCUGUGAGUACCCGGGACCUGGAGCUGGUGCAGCUGGUGCUGCGGUACCGGGACUACCAGCGAGUGGUGAAGCGGCUGGCGGGCAUCCCCGUGCUCCUGGAGAAGCUGCGCAAGGCCCAGGACUUCUACGUGGAGAUGAAGUGGGAGUUCACCAGCUGGGUGCCCCUGGUGUCCAAGAUCUGCCCUAGUGACACCUACAAAGUGUGGAAGAGUGGGCAGAACCUGCGGGUAGACACCACGCUCCUGGGCUUUGACCACAUGACGUGGCAGCGAGGGAACCGCAGCUUUGUCUUCAGGGGCCAAGACACAAGUGCCGUGGUGAUGGAGAUUGACCACGACCGCCGGGUGGUGUACACGGAGACUCUGGCGCUGGCCGGGCAGGACCGUGAGCUGCUGCUGGCUGCUGCCCAGCCCACCGAGGAGCAGGUGCUGAGCCGGCUCACCGCGCCCGUCGUCACCACGCAGCUCGACACCAAGAACAUCUCCUUUGAGAGGAACAAGACUGGCAUCCUGGGCUGGCGCAGUGAGAAGACGGAGAUGGUGAAUGGGUAUGAAGCCAAGGUAUAUGGGGCAUCCAACGUGGAGCUCAUCACCCGGACACGGACAGAGCAUCUUUCAGAACAGCACAAGGGCAAGGUCAAAGGCUGUAAGACACCUCUGCAAUCCUUCCUGGGAAUUGCUGAGCAGCAUGGGGGCCCCCAAAACGGGACCCUGAUCACUCAGACUCUGAGCCAAGCCAACCCCACUGCCAUCACCGCAGAAGAGUACUUCAACCCCAACUUUGAGCUUGGCAACCGUGACAUGGGCCGCCCCAUGGAACUGACCACCAAGACACAGAAGUUCAAGGCCAAGCUGUGGCUGUGUGAGGAGCAUCCCCUGUCCCUGUGUGAGCAGGUGGCCCCCAUCAUUGACCUCAUGGCCGUCAGCAAUGCGCUUUUCGCCAAGCUCCGGGAUUUCAUUACCCUGCGCCUGCCCCCGGGCUUCCCUGUCAAGAUCGAAAUCCCGAUCUUCCACAUCCUCAACGCCCGCAUAACCUUCGGGAACCUCAAUGGCUGUGACGAGCCGGUGCCGUCGGUGCGAGGCAGCCCCAGCAGCGAGACCCCUUCCCCAGGCAGCGACUCCUCCAGUGUCAGCAGCUCCAGUUCCACGAGUCACCAUCUGGGAGGCGCUGACCAACAGCAAGCCGGGCACUCACCCCAUGUCCUACGAGGGGCGCCGACAGGACAGGAGCGCUCCGCCCACGCCACAGCGCCAGCCCGCGCCCCCGGCCGCCCUGGCGUCGGUCCCCAGCCCUCGGCCCAGCCGGGGCCCAGGCCCAGGCGGCCACGUGUUCCGGAGCUACGACGAGCAGCUGCGGCUGGCCAUGGAGCUGUCAGCGCAGGAGCAGGAGGAGCGGCGGCGGCGCGCGCGCCAGGAGGAGGAGGAGCUGGAGCGCAUCCUGCGGCUCUCGCUGACGGAGCAGUAGCACCCACUGCCGGGCCCCUCGGCCACGCCACGCGUGACCCGCCCGGGAGCGAGAUCCGGUCCGGGCCGCGCGCCCGCCGAGCUGCGGCCGGAGACUGGAGCGGCCGCCUUGGGGACUUAGCGGUGCACCAGCCACCAGAGGGGGAGGGGUUCGGCACGGCCGCGGGGUACCUUUCCGGGCCAGGGCCCUGGAGGCAGCUGGCACGGCCCGGUCCCCCUGCUUUGCUGUAUCCUGACCCCCACCCCUCUUCCCUGGGCUCAGACCUGUCCAAGGACGGAGCCAGGCGGUCCUGAGGGGAGAGACGGGUUCUCAGAGGAGCAGUGUCCCCAUCCCUUGCUCCUUCUGGCCCGUCCUCCUCUCUGCUCACUGACCCUACUCCAGGACACUGCCCGUGAAGCCUUUGCAUCUCCGCUCUUCACCCCUGGGGGGCAGCUGAGCUCCCCACGUGCUGUGUUGCAGCUUGUCCCAGAUGCAAACCAGCACGUCAAGGGCCCAGCCCCUCCCCCACCCCGGCAUUUCAGCGUCAAGUGCACUUAGCGGGGUGUCCGGGUCCCCCAGCCCCCACACCCCUCCCGGGUCUCAGGGUGGUCCCAGCUUCUCUUUGGGCGGGCAGAGAUUGCAAUCCUUAUCCCCAAGGCAUGUUUUUGUGAUCAGGGAGGGUGCCCAAGGUGGCCCCCCGGGUCUGGGCAAGGCCUGGCUCCCUCACGGGGUCUUGGCGGAUGGGGGUAAUACUGGGCUGGGGGCAAGCACCAGACCCUACACUAGACUGGACACAGAGGGGUCGCCUAGGGCCCUGGCACCACCACCCAUCCCUUCCCACCAGCCGCUGCUAGCCCUCUGUGGUUGUCCGUCCCACUCGCCCCCACCCAGGGGCUGACCCGAAAACCCUUCAUCCAAUGGUGCUAACCCCCGGCUCUCCCCUGCCCCACCCCACCCACCCAGAGAAGCACAGACCCCGCCAGGGGCAGGGGCCCACCGCACACCCUUGUCCGGGUUCUCUCGGACUGGCCUUCCUGGCUAAGCCAGUGAGGCUCGGAAGGGACACAAAGAGGAUGAAAUAAAAGAACAAAGAAAAACUGUUCCUCUCACCCCCUUCCCUGAUGCCAGGGGCACCAGACUGAUUCUGAGGCACAAAUAAAAGAGGCUUCAAACCGGAGGCUUUUCCUUCCUGGCUUUACUGAGGAAGAACGCCCACCUGCGGGUUGGGAGUUCCUUCUGAACCUCAGUGUGGGGAGGGCUCUGAGGUAAGGGGAUGCC